CCUCAAUCAUAUGAGUUCAGAUUGUUUAUUGGAUUAUGAUUCCUUGAGUUCUUUCUCCAUUUGAUGUUGUUGGUCUUUUGUCCGCUUUAUUUAUCCAUCUAAAGCACAAGUGUUGUUUAUGGGUUAUGGAUUGUUCUUCAGUGGUUUUUUUUUGAAUUCUUUCGGUAUGAUAUAUUGGCACUUAGGGAAGCUCAGUAGGAAGAACUGGAGAUUAGCCCUUCUUGCUGCUCUGUGGGUUAUUUGGAGAGAAAGGAAUAACCGUUGCUUUUGUAACAAGAUUCUUUCCUCAUUAGGGGUGUUAGAUUGGGUAAAGUUGUACUUGAGGGAUUGGGUGCCUUAAGGUCCUUUUUUCUUGAGAGGUUUUCCAGCCCAUGGGCUGUUGUUCCUGUUGUAUUUUAGUUUUAGAUUUUUAGUUUUUUUUUUUUAUUCUUCUGAUUCUCUUUGUUUUCUAGUUGUCGGUUUUUCUUUUCCUGUGUAGUUUGGUUUGCUUUUCGCUCUGCCUAAUAAAUUGCUCCAUCUUUAAUAAAAAAAGAUGUAUUGGCACUGAGUUUUUUUCUCUCCCUUUUAUCUACUUCCUAUGUCAAAGGAUCUCUCUUCCUCAAUGGGUGCUUGAAGAGAUGGGCAAGGAACCAGAUCUGGCUCAUUCAGAUAGGUUUGGAAUAAGAAACCAGGAAUACAUAUCCCUGGGAUGUGAUGAGGUGCCCAUUCUUAGAGGGCAUUCAAGUUGGGAUGGGUCCUGCUGGUGAACUGAGAUAUCCUUCUCGCCCUUCCGAAAAGCUAUCCUGGGCACGGCGGCACUUGCGGCAAGCUGGAGAGUUUCAAUGCUAUGAUAAGUACAUGAUUGCUUCGCUGAAUGCCCAUGUACAAAAUGUUGGGAAGCCUGAGAAGGGAAAUGUGGAUCCUCUUGGUGCUGAUUGCCGGACACAUGAUCCAGGCUUCUUCAGAAGUGAUGAUGGUACUUGGAACACACCCUAUGGUCAGUUCUUUAUCAAGUGGUAUUCUGGGAUGCUGCUUCAACAUGGGGAGAGGCUCUCCAUGGCUGCAGCGACCAUCUUCUUGGGUACUGGUGUUAAGAUUUCCGUAAAAGUGGCUGCCAUUCACUGGCACUACACUACACGCUCUCAUCUGUUUAAAUUAACAGCUGGCUGUAACAAUACAUUGAUCAAUCAUGGCUACCUCCUGAUUGCCUGCAUGCUCGGCAUGUACAACAUGAUGUUGUGCUGCAAAUGCUUCGACCUCUGAGACAAAGAUGAGAUAAAGAUUGACUGGAGCAGCACACCCGAAGUGUUUGUCAGACAAGUUAUGUUUGCCACUAGGAAUAGUGAGAUACCGCUCAUGGGUGAGAACUCCACAAGGUGGUAUGGUGAUAUAUCGUUGGAGCAGGUUGUGAAGAACUCGAAGCUUUACAUGGAUGGAAUGCCCAAGAAGUCUCUCUCUUUCAACUUUGUGAGGAUGGAUAAAACAUAUUUGAGCUUGAUAAUUGGAGCUGCUUUGUUCGGUUUGUUAAGUGGAUGUCAGACGCCAACACUUUUCAGGCCAAGUUAGGUUUGGGAGGGAGGGACUCAUGCCGAUCUUCAGAUGCUGUGUUAGGAGUUGAGGAAGUGCAAACAUAUGAAGUGGUAAUAGAUUUUGCAUAUUACUGAAAUGCCUUCCGUCUCUUGUCUAUACACUGUAACAUGAGCUGUGUAUUUUUUGUAACAGCACUGAGAAAUCAUCUGAAAUUCCAUUUCAAUACAAUUCUAUAGUGAGAUUUUCGACA